UGUUGUUAGAUUUAUAAAAUGUUAAAGGUUGUACUAAUGGUGCUUCUGGUAACUGCAGUUACCUGACAGAGAAUGUAUAGAAUUGAGCCAAAAGAGAAAUUGGAAGAGGUCAAGCUCACUCCUGCCAAUCCUGUCUUUGAUAAACAGAUUGGUCCUGUCACUGCUGCUAGAGAUAAGGUUGAUCUAUUCGUUAAGCUCGCUGAUCAAUAUAUUCCUUCUAUAAAUCAAAUUCAGACAAAGGCUAGCAAGUCUCUUGAAUGGAGAAGAGAAUGGAGCUUUACUCUUUUAUUUAUCACCUUCAACGUUCGCUGGAAUCUUGAACUAGAAGCUGGAUGGACUGUCCAGAAUGAAGAAGCUGGUGUGAACUUCUACAAGUUAAACUAUACUCCAUAUCUUCUUGGCCAUACUUAUCUCUGGACAGGAUUUAAUGUUCCUUCAGCAAGAAUCCUGGUAGACCCUCAAUUGCAGUACUUGUUCACAUAUUUGACUAUCGAUGUGACUCUUCACACCGAUGGAGAGGUGUGCUUCAACACUGCUUACCACCUCGCUCCUAGCUUCUUCUACGUAAGAUUUGAAGGAGAGCUCGAGGAAUGCAAAGCUGAAAUUCUUGAUGAAGUUAUCAACCAGACUCCAUUCUCAUUGGCUUGCAACCGUGUCGGUGAUGUCAGUAUCCUUCUGGACCAAAUUGAGCUCCACGACCAGUUCACCUACCCUCUGGUCAAUUUCUGCUUUGAAUUUUAAGCCAUAUUUUGUUGCUAUCAAGAACCUUACCCCCACCUAUUGUCUU